UAAUACCUCCUGACCUGCAGGGGGAGCCAGUGAAACGUGGCAGCACGAGAAAUUCGAAAGGUUUGUUGAUGGAUUUGGGAAUCAUGUCGGCUCACGACCAGUUGGUAAUAUGUUUGUGUGAAAUAACAAGGUUGCUGUGGAUGCUGCUGUUGCCGUUGGCGUUCCUCUGCGUGCUGCUGGUUGCCGUUCUGGUUCUGCUGGUUCUGGGCGUGCGGUUCUGGCUGCAGGGCAUCAGGAACGCGCGGCGAGCGAGGGACGGACGCCCCGCGGUGGCGUUUUUCCACCCGUACUGCAACGCCGGCGGCGGGGGCGAGAGGGUGCUUUGGUGCGCCAUCAGAGCGCUGCAGAAUAGGUACGAGGACAUAAACGUGGUGGUGUACACCGGCGACCUUGGUGUGAGCGGUCGUGUGAUCGUGGAGGGAGCCCGGCGGCGUUUCAACAUCGUUCUGCCCCGCCCCGUUCACUUCGUGUUCUUGCGGCACCGCCUGCUGGUGGAGCCGGGGCUGUUUCCUCAUUUCACCCUGCUGGGGCAGAGCGUGGGCUCCGUCUUCCUGGGGUGGGAAGCCCUGACGGAGUUUGUGCCGGACCUCUACAUCGACUCCAUGGGGUACGCCUUCACUCUGCCUCUGUUUCGGUACCUGGGGGGCUGCCGCGUGGCGACCUACCUACACUACCCCACCAUCAGCACCGACAUGCUCUCUGUGGUGAGAGAGAGGAACCCCAGGUUCAACAACCCGGAUUACAUUUCCAACAGUCUGCUUCUGAGCGCCUUCAAGGUCUUUUACUACUUCCUGUUUGCGCUGCUGUACGGGAUGGCGGGCUCCUGCAGCGACCUCAUCAUGGUCAACUCCUCCUGGACCCUAAACCACAUCCUGUCAUUGUGGCGUUCCCCCAACCGGACCUGCCUGGUCUACCCACCCUGUGACGUCGGCGCUUUCCUGGACGUCCCGCUGGAGGAGGAGGACGGCGGCGGGAAAAGCCGCUCUCUGGUCUCCGUCGGGCAGUUCCGGCCGGAGAAGGACCACCAGCUGCAGAUCAGAGCCUUUAAGAAAGUCCUGGACCGGAGCAGAGCGGCGCUGAAGCUGGUUCUGGUUGGGGGAUGCAGGAACCAGGAGGAUGAGGAGCGGGUGCUCCUGCUGAGGGGGCUGUGCCAGGAGCUGGGCGUGGCCGACAGGGUGGAGUUUAAGCUGAACGUCUCCUUCGACGAGCUGAAGAAAGAGAUCGGAGAAGCUACGAUCGGACUCCACACCAUGUGGAACGAACACUUUGGAAUAAGUGUGGUGGAGUUUAUGGCAGCGGGAAAGGUGGUGCUGGCCCACAAAUCCGGAGGUCCAAAGCUGGACAUCGUGGUCCCUUUCGAAGGAGGGCAGACCGGCUUCCUCGCCGACGAUGAGGACAGUUACGCCCAAACCAUCGAGCACAUUCUGGAUCUACCCGCCGCCGAGCGGUUACGGAUCCGGCGCAACGCUCGCCAGUCGGUAGCGCGCUUCUCCGACGACGAGUUCCAAGCCUGCUUCCUGGCUGCCAUGGAGCCGGUGAUGGUCAUGCUGGACCGAUGAGUCGGGACAAAUUUGGCUUGUGGGGAGAAUAUAUAUUUAAAGAUCGAAUACAUUUUUUAAUUAUUGCCAUCUUAAUUAUUAUUGGCAUUAACUUGUUGAGGAUGUUUACAAGUAAAACCAUCAGCAGCACUUUAUUUGUUAGAAACGCAUUCCUUUUGUGUCAUUUUUUAGGAAUUCCGGGAGUUUCAUGGGCAACAAAAUGAGAUGUUUACAUUUGCAUCAUUUAAAGCAGUGAAGUAUUUUUGCAAAUAUAGAAUAAAAAUGCAUUAAAAAAAUCAUUUUUGUCACAGUUUUAAACUUUACAAUUAAAUCUGUUCUGCUGUAACAACUUUCCCUUUUAUCUGUCACAUUAAAUGCUUUUAUUUUC